CUCUUCUUCCUAGAUUCCGUCUCCAAUCUGUGUUUAAAAGAUCUAAGUAAGACAGUGAUAGCAGAACUAGUAUGCAGACUUCUCGCGGACCCCAAUGCUCUGCAGCGAUUUUAUCAGUCUUUUGGGCUUGAUCGUGAGAAACUGCGCCCCUAUAUGCUGCAUGAUAUAGCCGAAUUCUUUCCUGACACUCCAGUCAAGCUGUUAAAAGACGUUUUUCGGGAGUUCCAGUUGUAUGACCUCGCAGAAAUGCUGGAGAAAGUAAAAUCGCGCGCACUUCGCCUUUCUCUUCCCCUGAAAGAAAUGAAGAAAAACGCCAGUGAACGUCCUUCAAAGGUUUACAGUAAAGUAGAAGUAUUAAUGAUCGAGUACUCUGACUGGACUGCUGUUGAAGACGCUUAUCCUGAUGUUGAGAGAAUUGGAUGUUUUUUCCUAGCUCUAAAUUCACAGAACCAAAUAACUAAAUUAACAGUGAAGGUUGCAGGACAAACGGAGGAGCUGAUAGCGUUGAGGGAAAGUAAGGAGACGGAAGACAACCUUGACUUAGUGGCAAAGGCUACGGAAGCAUUUCUCAAAAAGCAUCUCGAAGAAGAGAUACCAAGGGGUGAUUAUAACGUCAGAACCGGCGCCAAGAGAAGUGCCAAGAAAAGUUCUUCCGAUCGUCGUCUUACGGAAGAGGAACGGAGCGUGUUUCAAGAGGGAGGACCGGCGGUGAAAAAUCUCGAAAAGAUGAUAGAGGAAAGAGAGCAAAGAAAAUUGGAAAUAGAAAAAAUCGUGAAGGAGAUACAACAGAAGGAGGAAGAAGUAAAAAGACAUCAUCAGAGAGAAAAAGAAAAAUUCCUACUGGCCGUCUCAACCGUCAUGGACAAAUGGAAUCACCAAGCGAAAGAUGAAGGUUUGUUGAAUUGUUACGUUUAUUUACUAGCUCAGUCAUUACAUGUAAUAUUACGAUGGUGGUUUGUAGAAGGAGGAUAUUGUGAGUCUCCUUCUUAAAAGAAAUAGUGGUUUCAGUCGUUCAUAUUUUGAAACAUACUCCUCAACACCAUUCCUUCCCUUCCCCACCGUUUCUCAUAUCUAUCCCUUAGGGGGGGUACUUCCUAGUAGGAGGCUAAUGGGGAUGUGCCGCUGGGUGGGAUCGCAUUUUCACAGCAGGAUUGACUAUAAUGUGGUUGCAUUUUUAUUAGAGUUACUAGAAUGGGAACGCACAUUUUCGGGAUUUGGGAGAUAGGAAAAUUCAGGUAGGUACAGAUCUAAAAAUGGGUCAUUUCAGGAUGACCUAGUUAAAAGGCUUUAUAAGGUAAAUGCAUAAACAGAAAGUUACUAAGGUGGAAUCACGAAAAUUAAAUUUUCCCAAAAGGGACUCAGAUAGGGUCUAUAGUUGGCUGCAGAAUAGACUUUAACGGGGUAGGGGCUCUGAGAGGCCAGCGGCACAAACCCAGCAAAUAUUAACCGAAGUAACCCCGCUGGGUAUUUAUCACUUACUACAUUAACAUUUUACUCAUGGAAACUGAGCAAGGCAUUAGACGACUUAAAAAGAGAUUGGCCAACGGCCCCACUAUCAGCUUUUUGUUUCAGGCAUUCUUACUUCAAAAAAUUUAAUCGCCGAUUAUUUCUGAAGUUCCUUCGCGACAUCCCUACAGUCUGAGACCCUGGCACAGGCUAAAUUUCUGAGGUCAAGAAAGAAAUUCUGAUCAUAACUAUCUUGCUGUCGAAUGCGUUAAAUGAUAAUUAAGCAUUUUAAACUCAUAGUCUGUGAUUCUCGAGGUAUCAUCGCUGUCGGCUAUUAUAAAGACGCCUUAGCACGACUAUCUUGACUACCCUCUACAUCCAUCUCGACGCCAACCCUUCAAACGAGCCCCUGUGACCUGGUGCGCCAAAAAUUAAAUAAGCCCCCAACCUUAUUAAAUCCUUGUAAAACCCACAAACAUGAGAUGCAGUGUUUCAUCACCAGAUGAAACACCGAGAAGAGAUUUGAAAAUACGACGCGCAGUGAACUUCGAGGUGUUUCAUCUGGUGAUGAAACACUGUGUCGAAUGUUUGAUAUUUCUUCUCAAACAAAAUCAUUUUUGAAGGAGAAAUUAAGGAUGCAAAAAUGAGCAGUUUUUCAUCUGAUAUCCAAACACUCCUUAAACAUUAAUUUCCUUUGAAUUUUCUUUAUGAAUUAUUAAUGAGUUUGAGAAGUAAAAAUGAUAAGGCUGAUAGAGCGUAAGGAGAAAGUGUAACAAACUAGUGCAUCUGUGUAUCGACACCGUCGUUCAGCUUCAAGGUGUACAUAAUCUAUUACUAGACUCUAGUAACACGGAAAAAAUACUAGCUUUCAAAAGGUGACACAAAAAUUCGAAAGCAGAAAAUCGGAAGAAGGACGGGUUCAUCAUUCAUUCUUUUUUUUUCCUUCUUAGACAGGGAAUCAACCCUUUUUGUUGUACUUCAACUGAUGAAUUUCACAGCCUGGAGCCAUGAAGUAAUGGAAUUUGUAAAGUCGACACGAGGAUGUUUGAUGGAAAAAUUGGCACUCAUUCCAACCACGAAGCUGAUCGUGGAAGAUUUCCUUGAAGUAGAUACAAAUAUUCCCCCGGAAACUCUUGCAGUACGUUUUUCUUGGGGAGAUAAGAAAGCUUUAGCUAUAAUACAAGAUCUCUUGAACAAACGCUGGAUGACAUUAGACCUCCUUUCAAUUUUGCAGGAAUCACAAAGGACUUUACCAUUAAUGCAAAUUUCAUUUCUAAAAAUGAAUUUUAUCUCGGUAAUGCCCAGUUUUAUCGUUACUCAUUUCAUAUAUACGAAAAUUUGUCUUGCCUCCCAAGACUUUGUAAGGAUGAACAAAAGUCAGAGGCAAGUGAUUUAUAAAUGA